AGGAUCCUACGUAGUUUUCGGCGUUUUACCUUAUAACUAUAUUAACAAUUCAAGUUCUACAACGCGUACCGCUUUUUCCCGUUUUUUCUUUUCUCCUGGUUUGGUCUUUUAUCCACUUGUUCUUGUUUCUACUUUGCUAUUUUUGCCCGAAAGGUCUUCUUAAACAUCGACGGGAAAGUGUGUGUCUGCGUGUGCCUGACCGCAUCGGGUAGGAGUUGCAGUGAACACGGCGGCAUUUAUAUCGAGCCGUCUUUCAUUUCUUCUUGCAUUUGAGCAUAUUUUCAUGUAACUGCCUCCUCCGACACGUGCCAUCGGUUUGUUUUGCUUGCGUCGAAGCUGAAAGUCUUCUGCAUCUUCCCGUGCUGUUGUUCAUGCGUUCACCUCUUCUGCUUUCUCCUUUCUAAGAAAAGAUUCAUUACUGUAUCCUUUCGACAACGAAAUGAGGUCUGCGUCGUUCAGCGGGGUGCACGUCCAUGACAUUCGCGCCUCGCAGCGGCAGUCCUUCGCGGGACGCAUCAGCCAUCGCGUCGCCACUGGCCUCUCCUUUGCCGACCUAUCUUUUCGCGAAGUACGCACCGGCACGGUGACCGGCACCACCAUCAACACCCUGUGCAGCGUCAUCGGUGCGGGUGUGCUCUCCUUGCCGCUGGCCCUGUACUAUUCCUCCGUCUUUGUCGGUCUGGCGCUGCUACUGGUUCUCGCGUCGUUUGCGGCGUUCAGCGUGUACUUAUUGGUGGUGGGCUGCGAUGCCACGGGGCGCUACUCCAUCACGGAGGUGGUGGCCUUCGCGCUGUAUCCGCCGCAGCUGUGGGAGGAAUACCUCUAUCAGAAAGGGAAGGAACGUUCCGCGCCGUUGCCAACCGCGUCUGAUGAUGGUGAUGGCAACGGUGCAGUCGCGCCGAGCGAUGAAAAAGGUGACGGCAGCGACAGCAAUGCCAAGGCUGCCCGGGCAACGGCAGUAGGGCCAGCCGAAAGCGGCUCCGCGCACCCAUCAACGACGCAGCCAAACAUGUCCGUUUCUCGCGAUGCCGCGAACCCACCCGACGCCACGGCCGACGCGCAAGACGCGCAUCGUCACCGUCGUGGCUGUCACCAGAGCCGCCACAGCGCUCGCAAUGCGUCCUCAUUGGGGAAUGCCGAUGGUGACGACCGUUUCAGCUUCCCUACAACGAGCGCCUACGCCGGCCUGCACGAUGCCUACGCGCGGCAGGAGUGGCACUACCGCCGCUGCCGGCGCAUCGUGACGGUCUUGAUGGAGUUUGUGGUGUUCUGCAGCAACUACGGCACCUUGGUCAUCUACUCUAAGGUGAUUGCGGACUCGAUGCCGCCGGUGGUGUCGUACAUUACCCAUUCGGAAGGUUUUCUGGUUUCCAAGUAUUUCUGGCUUGCCGCGGGUGGGGUCGUGUUCUUUGUGUUGAGCUGUGCGCGCAACAUGGAGGAGCUGAAGUGGUCUUCCCUGCUCGGCUUCCUCACCAUCUUGUACAUUGUCCUCGUGAUUCUCUAUCGCUACCACACGAAGCACGUCAGCGACUACCCCCACGUGGACCCGAAAAGCUACGGCAGCAUCCAUUGGAUGAGCCUGUCUGUGAAGAUGCUGCAGACGCUCUCGACCUUUGGGUUAGCCUUAAGCUACCACUACAACGUACCGUAUUUUUACAAGGAACUGAAGGACCGCCGCCCGCGCUGCAUGAUGGGGUCGGUUGCCGUUGCCUUUCCAAUCAUCAUUAUGUGUUACGCGAUGACAGGCUUCUUUGGCUACCUGACUUUUGGCAACGAGGUGGCCGACCGGAAAAUCGGCGGUAACGUCGUGUCCAACUACCCAAAGGACGAUGUGCCCAUGAACAUUGGCCGGCUAGGGCUCUUUGCGCACUUUGCCUGCGUCUUUCCCGUUGUGUCCAUCUGCACGCGGCGCGGCCUGCACCGGCUGAUGAUGAUCGGGCUGACGUGGGCGGAGCAGUCGGCGCUGAUGCGCGAGGCGGCGGUGGCGGCCGGCGCCAUCUUGACAGACGAGGAGGCCAGGCGUGACGGCGCCACGUCGCCCCCAGCCGCAGAGGGAGAGGAGCUACCAGGCGAGGCGUCAUUCCUGCUGCACACGACCACCAACGCGCCGCCGCCCACCGGGUAUGAAGUGUUCCCGAGCAGCUCGCUGGCCACCGGCCCCGCACCGACGGCGACCCAUCCUCCCCUUGCUACUGCGGUGGCGGGCGGCGGCGGGGGCGGGGGAUGGACGCCGGCCUACAACGCGGUGAGCGCAAUGCAUCACAACGCCGAUGCCGACGACAGUGACGAGGCGUACAUCUCUCCGCGCGGCCCACCCGGCACCGUCGACGUGGACCGCGACGUUGGCUCGCCCGACUUGACCACCACUCUUGCCAUCGUGAUUGAGGCGGCCUUUCUUGUCUUUACCACGGUGCUCAUCGCGGCGACGGUGUCGGGCAUCGACUUUGUCAUUCACAUCAUUGGCACGCUCUUCAGCGUGUUUAUUGUGAUGGUGGCACCGGGGAUGGUCGGGUGGUGCGUCUUCUCGCCCAACGGGCCGUUUGGCUCGGCGACGACUGCCGCGGCUGCCUACUCCACACAGCAGCAGCAAGACAUCGAUAACAGCGGUAACGCCGGGUCGACCGAUGUGGCCCUCAACAGCGCAGCGUCGCGCUACCGCUUCAUUCGAUUGAAGCAAGCGAUGUGCGUCGUGAACGCCGUUGUAGGUGUUUGCAUCACUUGCAUUGGAGUCGCGGUACUGGCGUACGACACGGCGAAAGGGCCUCACAUGCCAACCAUUUAA